AUGAAAGUUUAUGUUGCUGCACCGGGUCAACAUAAUUGGCCAUCUAUACCAGACGAUGUACAAGAUCGUCUUCUGGAGCUUCUCAAGGAAUAUUUGAACGAAGAAAAACUUGGAAUACCAUUAAAACGUACAAGAAAAAUAUCGAAAGAUCUUGUUAAACAUCCAAUAAAACAACAUCUAGCCAUUGGUUUACGUUCUGUGAUGCGUUGUCUAAAACAAAAGCAAUGUUUAUUAGUUCUUGUUUGUACAUCAUUAGCACCAAUUAUAUUAACUAAACCAAUUUUGCUUCUUUCACAAAUACAUUCAAUACCAUCGAUUCGCAUAAAAAAUCUAGCAACAACAUUAACAAAAACAUUUUCUAUACCACAAUGUUCAACAAUAGGUUUUAAAUUAUCAUGCCACGAGCAUAGUCAAUUGAAAGAUCUUGUUGAUAAUCUUCUUCAAAUAAUAAAUGGUGAUGAUAAACAACCAUCAUCAGUAACAUUUAUUCCAGGAAAAAUAAUUCCACCUUAUCAAAAUCCGAAACGUAUUUCAGCCGGAAUAGAAAAAAAGAAAAAUAAACCAAAGAAGAAAUGA